AUGCACAGUGUUCUUGCUUGUAACACGGAAAGGACGGAGGUGAACACCCCCCCCUUUGGGGGACUACUCCACGCCAACCUUACCUGCCGCGCUACCAACAACAAAUAACAAACCCUCUCUACUACCAUGGCUCUACUGCUCACCGUGAUUCGACCAACAUCAGUAAGCAUCAGUGAGCCGGCGUCACCGCUGGUCGAGGGUCAAGAGGCAAGGCUAGAGUGUGUGGCACUGGGUGCCUACCCUGCCGCUGACCUAUCCUGGAGCCUCACCCCUACCCACGCAACCAGCCCCAUCACCCUACCCUCUGCGUCGCGGCAUCUAGGUCAGAAGACGUCAUCCCUGGCACGGGUGACCCCCACUGCUGACGACCACCUGGCGACCCUCACCUGCUCAGCACACAACCCUAACAUUACUGGACGACCCAUCACUACCUCCAUUCUCCUCCAUGUUGUCUUCGCUCCGCGGGUGAGGCUGCAGCUGGGUGCCACUCUCGGGUCAGCGCCCAUCACCGAAGGCAAGGAUGUUUACUUCGAAUGUGAGGUGGUGGCCAACCCUCCUGUGAGAGAGAUUGUCUGGAGGAAGGAUGGUGAGCGUGUCAGCAGUCAGCGUAAGUCAGGUGUGUUGGUGUCAGGUAAGAACUUGGUGAUGCAGAUGGUGCGACGCAGCUCAGCUGGUGACUACACCUGCACCGCCACCAACACACUAGCUACCACCACCAGCAACCUCGUCCACCUCCAGAUACGAUACCAGCCAGUGUGUGUGAGCGUCCCGCAGACCGUGGCAGUGGCUGAAGGAGAGAAGAUACGCCUGACAUGCCGUGUGGACGCCCAGCCUAACCAACAUCUCUCCUUCACCUGGUUCUUCAACAACACUCUGGACACCAUCGAAGUGGACAGCCACCGUGUUACUGUCCUGCCUGGCCUCAGCAUGUUGGACUACACUCCCAUGUCACCCCGUGACUAUGGCACUCUUUCUUGCUGGGCCACCAACGAAGUGGGCACUCAGGCUGACCCUUGCAGGUUCACUGUCAUCGAGGCAGGUCCCCCAGAGCGUGUAGGUAACUGUGUGCUGGUGAACCUAACAGUGGCCAGCCUGGAGGUCGGUUGUACUGCUGGCAACGACGGUGGCCUCCCCCAGAGGUUCAUUGCCCGGGUGUAUGCCGCCCCUACCCACACCCUGCUGGCCACCCUGGAGGAGGAACACACCCCUCGCUUCCACGUGGGAGGCCUCACCCCCGGGCAGGACUAUCUCAUCACCGUCACAGCUGUCAACGCUAAGGGCACCAGCCUACCACAACAGAUUGAUGCGGUCCGUCUGAAGGUUGCAGAGAAGAGGAUGGGAGAGGUAAGCAGCCCGCCCGUGUCGCCUCUCGUGGGCGUCUUCUUGGGUCUGGUGGGCGGCUUUAUUCUCCUGCUGCUGGUGGGCGUGCUGCUGUCUCGUGCCAGGUCUAACAGGUGCUGGUGUUGGGGAGAGAGAGAGAUAGAGAGCCAAGUGGUGACGUGUAGCACGUCUCCCCUGCCCACAACCACCACGCCCUCUUCCACCCACGCCCUCAGCUUACACGACGACCAGUGCGUGGCUCCUGACGUCCUCAGGACCAUUAAUGAAACAGCUGAUCUGUUGGAGACCAGAAUGUGUCCUGAGAUCAUCCCAGCCAGAGUGCCACCACCACCCUACUGCCGUACCCAGGUACGUGCCAGAAGGACUCUGCAGGUGACACCGCUGGUUGCCGCAGCCGCUAGCGGCACCAGCCGCAGCUUCUACCUCGAUGCUACGAGUCCACUCCAUCUCUUACACGAAGAGAGCUUCGUGUAG